AUGGUUUCUAGCAGUACACGGGUGAUACAGGUCACCAAUAUCGCUCCGCAAGCUACCAAAGACCAAAUGCAAACAUUGUUCGGUUACUUGGGGAAGAUAGAUGACAUAAGACUCUAUCCCACUAUUAGAGAUGUGUCCUGUCCGGUGCAGUCGCGAAUAUGUUACGUCAAGUACUACGAUGCUGCAACUGUUAACGUCGCUCAGCAUUUGACCAAUACUGUGUUUAUAGAUCGGGCGCUUAUUGUAAUUCCCUUGCAAUCCGGCGAGAUCCCCGAUGAGCACAAAGCUUUAGAGAUGUCUAGCAAUGGUACCUUGGUCCCUGGGCUAAAUUCAGUUGAACCACAUUUACCUGCUCAUGUGGUAAACUCACUCGAAGGCGUGCCGCCUAACCAAGUCGUCCUGACUUAUGACCCCAAAAUAGCUACUGCAGGUUUACCAUCCUACCCGCCAUUACCUGCUAUUUAUGAUUCAAGAAAAAUAGAAGAGAUUCGUAGGACUCUUGUAAUAGCGAAUGUAGGUGAAGUGACAGCUCAACAGCUUAUUGAUUAUUUUGGACAAGCUGGUGAAGUUUCUUACUUGCGGUUUUGUGAAAUGGAAAAUGAAAUAACAAAAUACGCUUUGAUUGAGAUGUCCAGUCAGGAAAGUGUCUUAAAAGCACUGCAAUUAUCUGAUACCUCAAUCGAUGGUCAGGUGUUGAAGGUUUUACACUCAACCCAAGCUAUUUGUAAACCGCAAACAAAGAGCAAUGAGGCAGCCCAACGAGAAAUUGAGGAAGCCAUGUGCAGAGUUAAGGAGGCCCAGAACUUUAUUUCUGCAGCUAUCGACCCAGUCAUUGGACUCCUAUCCAAAGACAAGAGAAGGACUCGUUCUCGUUCCCGGUCGCGGCGACGUUCCCGGUCCCGGUCGCGCCGUUCCCGUUCCCGGCAUCGCGGUAAGAGGUCGCGUUCCCGUUCCAGACAUCGCUCGCGGCGUUCAAGAUCUAGACAUCGGCAUCGCUCCAGAUCACGGUCCCGUCACCGUAGCUCCAGGCGAUCAAGAUCUAGAUCACGUCAUCACAGCUCGAGGUCAAAACGCGAUCGAUCUCGCGAACGUGACCGCAAAGAUAAGAAGGACACCGAUAAAGAUAAAGAAAAACGAGAUAAAUCCAAAACACCACCCAGAGAAGACAAAGAACUAGACGCAAAACUAGAUGUUGAGCCUGAGACCAAUGGGGUGAACUCUGAAUCGAAAUCGAAAGCGGCGUCUCCCGUUGAAGAUAAACCAAAAACGGAUUUGGAGGAAGACAAAAAAGUGAAAGAAAGAUCACCGUCAAAGAAAAGAGAACGCUCUCGCUCUAGAGACAAGAAACGUGAACGGUCACGCUCAAAACGAAGAUCUCGGUCGAAGUCUCGACGUAAGCGGUCUAGAUCUCGAAGAAGGUCACGUUCCAAAGAUAGAAAACGAUCUCGCUCGAGAGAUAAAAAGAGGUCUAGGUCCCGUAAGCGAUCGCGGUCCAGGGAAAAGAAGAGGUCGAAGUCUAGGGACAGAAAAAGGUCUAGGUCCAGAGACAGAAAGAGGUCUAGAUCUAGAGACAAGAAGCGUUCGCGUUCGCGCAGCCGUCGAUCGAAGAGUCGUUCUAUAAGAGACUCGAAAACUACACAUGACAGGAAGUCUAAAGAAACGACUCCCAACCUCUCGACAAUUAUGGAAGAAAAGAACGCUCCUUUCGCAGAGAGAUCGCCAGAUCUGGGGGAUGAGAAAAAUUCUCCCGACAACAUGGAUAUUUCCAAUUCUCCUUAG